AUGAGGCCGCCGCAUCCCACGUCGCACAGCGAAUUAGAUCAGGAGCACGAUCGCCGAGCGCGUGACAAGGAAGAGCACAGCCUCGAACCCGAUGUUUCUGAGCUGCGCAGAAUCCGAAUAGAAAGACUCGAGCACGCCGCGCCGCCACGCACAUCGUCCGACGCGAGCGCGAAAAUGCCUUCGGAAUCGCAGGCGACGCUCUCGAGUGCGAAAUCGUCUUCGAGGCAUAGCAGGAGGAAGGAGCAGCAUCGGAGUCCGGAGGAGGAGGAGAGGCGGAGGAGACGCAGGAAAUCUACGGCGAGGGACGAUGUCACAUACGUUUAUGGCACCUCGAGAGAAGGCACGUCGCAGCCGUCCCGCGUCACGGUGUCUGAAACGAGAGAACUAGGCCGUGAUGGCGAGUCUAGUGAGUCGGAUGAUGAGGAUAAUCAGUCCGAUCAUGCUAGUGCCAAGCCGAGGAAGAGCAAGACUAGGGUCGUAUAUGUCACCAAGGGAGACGGCAGGCCAGCUUUAGUCAAAGAGCGGCGGAGUAGAGACGAUACAGAAGUAGUUCGCCCGAGGCGCACUGGGGAAUCUGUUCGUAAGAGUAGAGCCCGCCCGUCUCACCGAGAAUCUGUGGUCGGACCGACGCCUGUAUCACCACCAAGAAGAAGCGUCUCAACAAAAGACUUGCCUGCAGAGGAGAGAUCCAGCCUUAAGAGGCACAAUACGACAUCUACACAUGUAUCGACAUCCAAACAAGCCUCUGCCCCGUCGUCAGCUAGCGCAAAUACAACCAACAAACGAGCUAGUUUUCUCGGGACCUUUUUUGGACCUGUGCCUCAACAGCAUCGUGAACCUGAAAGACUAGUCGAAUGCUUGACAUGUUUAUCAGAUGAUAUACCGAGAUCUAAAUCAGCGAAGCUGAAAUGUGGCCAUCGAAUGUGCCACUCUUGCUUAAGACGUAUCUUCAAGCUUUCAAUCAAUGACCCGCAGCAUAUGCCACCUAAAUGUUGCACCGCUGACCAUAUACCCCUUAAACACGUGGACAAGCUAUUUGAUGUCAAUUUCAAGAAAACGUGGAACCGAAAAUUUCAGGAGUAUUCCACCAAAAACCGUAUCUAUUGUCCGGCUCGACGCUGUGGCGAGUGGAUCAAGCCGGGAAAUAUUCAUAAGGAAGAUGGGAAAAAGUAUGGUAAAUGCAGUCGUUGUAAGACAAAGGUCUGCUGUAUUUGUAACGGUAAAUGGCAUGGUAACAAAGAUUGCCCGAAGGACGAGGAGACAAAUCGACUUCUGGAAACAGCAAAACAGGCUGGCUGGCAACGUUGCUAUAAUUGCCGGGCAAUGGUUGAGUUGAAGGAAGGCUGCAACCACAUGACCUGUCGCUGUACGGCUGAGUUUUGUAUGAUCUGCGGUCUCAAAUGGAAGUCCUGUAAUUGUCCAUGGUUCAAUUAUGAGACCGUCGAGCAAGACCGCCUUAACCACAUGCGAAUUGCAAAUCAAGAAGCGCAAGGACAACGUCUAUAUCGCAUACGCCGGGCUCGGCCAAACAACUAUAAUGACGAGGUUAUCCAACGUCGACGUCAAGAACGCGCGGAUGAAGAGCUAGCGCGCAGACUGCAGAUGAUCACGGUGGAGGAGGAUGCCAAUGAUGACUAUCAGGGGGGAAUAGGCGAUAUCCACGGCAUCGGGAACGGUGCCGAUCACUUUAUGAAUCAGAACUAUGUCCGGGCCGCUCAUAAUAUCCUGACUGGACAUAUUGAUCAAGCUACGGCUGCUGCCAACUACGUUAUGGGCGUUGCUCAAGCUCGAGGCGGUCCCGCACCGAUAGACCAUCGAAGAAUGGCCGAUAGAUUUCCAAUCGUACCUCCGGUGUUGAGGAGGCAUACGAUGAGGGAACAUGCGUACAACUCUGCAGCAUCGACGCGACCAUCGGAACGAGUCGUGCCACGGAGGGCGAGAAACGAUUACGAGAGUGAGGCUGCUGUGCAUGCUCCUCUUGGAAGGGUACAUCAAAGAUCGGCUUCUACGACAGGGGAGCCCAGGCCAUCGAUUCUUGCUGGGCUUGGAGGUGCGGGGAGGGGAAGCAAUAGGGUCUCUGCUUGGAGAUCCCACGUUGAGCCUGGGGUUGAACCUGCAGAGGGUGUUUUGUCGAUGUGA